CAGGGUAUAUAUUGUUUUCCUUACCAAGCAGCUACACGGAUAUGAAAUUAACAAACCCUCUUCUUGUCUGCCACGUGUAUGUUCUUCUUUUGGCCAGAAGAGAAAUAUUAUCAUUCGAGCAAGAAUCGUUGGAUUGGUUUGGCGCACAAAAGAAAUGUAAAGCACAAAAUAGUAGUUUACGAACCGAAUCUUUUAAACAAAUCAAUGCCAAAGGAACGUUUAACUUUUGGAGAGGCCUAUAUACACGAAACUCAGCUUGGAUCAAAAUUGUUGGGUGUUAUGCUGACAAUGUAACGGAGGCAUAUAGUCCAUUUUACAAAAUGCGAGGGCUUUCUACUUCGGUUGGAUUUUGCCAAGAAAUUUGCAUGUCUUUCAAUUUUACUAUAUUUGCAAUAAAGGGUAACCUGUGUAGAUGCUUAGAAAAACUCCCGACAGAAAGUGCACUUUUUCCUUUAUUCUGUAACGCAUCUUGUUCGCAACCUGGUACUCGUAAUUACAAGCCAUAUUUUAACGAAUGUGGAGGCAUUGGAACUUAUUCUGUAUAUAUAUCUGGUAUGUAUAAAUAAAAUUCAUUUAAAAAUUGUUACAAUAUAAC